AUGUUCCGGGCGCAGCAGAACGCUUUUGAUGAUGUUGUCGCCAAGGCGACUGACGAGAACCUGACGUCUGAGAACUGGGAAUUCAUCCUCGACGUAUGCGAUAAGGUGUCCGCAAGCGAUAGUGGCGCGAAGGAUGUCGUGGCUGCUAUGAUCAAGAGACUGGCCCAUCGAAAUGCCAAUGUCCAGCUUUAUACACUCGAACUUGCGAACUCGCUGGCGCAGAACUGUGGAGUGGCCAUGCACAGAGAACUUGCGUCAAGGAGUUUUACAGAUGCUCUACUGCGGCUGGCGAAUGACAGGAACACACAUCAGCAAGUCAAGUCGAAGAUCCUGGAGCGCAUGGAGUCCUGGUCGAAAGACUUCUCGAGCAACACUGAACUAGGGAUCAUGGAACAAGCAUACCUGAGGCUAAAGGCCCAAAAUCCCAACUUACAACCUCCGCAAGCCCCUGUCAAGAAGCAGAUAACCGACUACGACCGACAAAAGGAGGAAGAAGAACUUCAAAUGGCCCUCAAGCUAUCCAUACAAGAUAAAUCCGUACCCUCGCCAGCCGCUCAGGCGUCCGGCUCGGCGGCAGAAUUGUCAGCACAGCCAGCCUCAUCAGCACAACAACCAGUGCACCAACCGGUUCCCUCAGGUACAACCGCUGCGACCGUGUCCCGAGUACGAGCCCUGUUCGACUUUCAACCUUCAGAGCCGGGAGAAUUACAAUUCCGUAAGGGAGAUGUUAUUGCGGUGCUGGAGUCGGUUUAUAAAGAUUGGUGGAAGGGGUCGCUGAGAGGUCAAACUGGCAUUUUCCCACUCAACUACGUCGAAAAGCUGCAAGAUCCUACUCCUGAAGAACUACAAAAAGAGGCGCAGAUGGAGGCAGAGGUUUUCGGACAGAUCAAGAAUGUUGAGAAAUUGCUGGCUCUAUUGAGCACCAGCACAGGCGACACAAACGUCCGAGACAACGAAGAGAUAACGGAGCUAUACCACAGCACUUUAUCAAUUAGGCCAAAGUUGAUCGAGUUGAUCGGGAAGUAUACGCAAAAGAAAGAUGACUUUCAGCAACUGAAUGAGAAAUUUAUCAAGGCUCGGAGGGACUACGAGGCCUUGCUUGAGACGUCGAUGGCUCAUUCAGCACAAGCGUAUGCUCGGCCCAGUCCGGCUGCUUACGGCUAUGGAGGAGGUCCUCCGCCACAAGGCUAUCCUCCACAGAGAUUCUAUACUCCGGAUGGUCAGCCUCCCAACAACGCUGUGCCGUAUGGCAAUCCGACACCAUUUCAACCUCCUUACCCCGUCGCAUCACCACCUCCUCAUAGCCGUACUCCAGCGAAUCAGCCACCAUCGCAGCCUCCCCCCGACAGUAAUUAUCCCUCCUACCCAUCCGCUCCAGUUCGCCGACAAUCUCAGCCUGAACAAUACGCGGCAUAUGCCCCCCCGUCGGAUGGCCGUCCACUGACACAAGCACAAUACCCGGGCGUCCAACCUCCGAACAUCACACAGCUACAGCACCAGGAAGAGACCUAUUCACCGUCGAACUAUUCCUCGGAAGACCUACACGCUCAGAGAGUGUCGCCUCCGCCUCAAACGCAGCCCCCGCAGCAGCAACAGCCAUAUCCUCCUCCGAUGAACACAAGCUACGCACCUGCUCAAGCGCCGUCAGCACCUUCUCAACCGCCGUACGACUACUCGCAACAGCAGCUGCCCCCGCCACAGGCCAACGUUUCACAACCUCCUGCUCCAAGUCACGGCCCACCGUCCGUCCCAGGUGUCAGUGCAGCUCCUGAUCGACCCUUGACACCUCUUGCGCAAGCAUCCCCAUACCCUGUCUUCCCACCGGCUUCCGGCACUAACCUCCCCAAUCAACAAUAUCAAGCGUACAAUCAGCGGCCGACGAGUGUAGCAGCGGUGCCACAGGCUCCCGGCGUGGGGGCUGGAGACCAAGGACGCUACAGUUACUACAGAUAG